CAAAUACAGUUGGACAUGGACAAAUACUGUUUUGAACCCACGAACCCAACGGAGCACACACAGCCUACACCGACCUCAAGGACUUUAAAUAUGGAAGAUGAAUGGGAAGAGGAGGAGCAGCUUGUUGUGGUGGAGCUUUCUGGUAUUAUCAACAACGACUUUCUGUCCAAAUUUCGAGGCACAUGCAAGAUACUGGAUAUUGACAGCGAGAAGCCCAUGAUGCAGGUUGGACAAUAUGUGUUUGCAGGGGAAUAUGAAGAUGCUUUGGGAACGUGUGUGCUGUUCGAGGAGGGAACACGUAAAGGAAAAGCAGACAGUGGUCCAGAGCUCAAGUACAUGUGCCACACUGUGAAGAAACUGAUGAUGCAACGAAUCUUCCUCACUGAGAAGAAAGAGGGUGAAACUGGCACAGGAAGUGGUGAUAGUGGUGAACAACAGAAGGACACAACCUGCCGGUCUAACCAAGAAGAAAGUGCCACCCAACAGGAAGAGACGGAUGAAGACAUGGACAAUGCAGAUUUGGAAGAGUCAGCAGUGGAUUGAAAACUUUCUACAAGUAUCGAGUCACUAACAUUUGUGAGGCUGUGAGGGAGUCGACAGUUGAAUUCAUGCAGUUCAGCAGUAAUAAGGAGAAGUGUCAGUACUACUGUAAGUGUUGCUACUUCCCCAGAAACAUAUGAUGACUCUUCGUCACAGAGUCUCAGAAUAAGUGAAUUUGUAAUAUUUGAUAUACAACAUAAAUAUGGAUAGCCUAAAGUGAAAACAGGCUUUUACAAACUAUCAAGUAUUCCUUUCAGAUACACAUAGGAGGGUCUUGGGAAUGGCAGUUACAAUGGUGGGCGCCCUCGGCUUAGUAGCAGGAAUUCCUGUUAUUGUGCUUUUCAGAUAUCAUCAAUUUUUGCUUCCACUGAUCACGAUGUAUAUUAUAUACCAGCUGGGAGGGAGAGAAAUCUGCUUCAGCUGUAAGGUUAUAGUAGAGAUGUGCCCAUUGGACACAAUGAGUCAUUUAUACAUUCGAAGAAGUGAGAAGAGUACUGGACUUUAAAAUAUGCAGUUGCUAUGUUUCUGAUUUGUGGCUAUUGAUUUACAGUGUUCGAGCCAAAAUAAAUAAAAGCGUUUCAUUUGUUGCUCACUCA